AAAAAAAGCAUUUGGAAAUAUAUUGAAGCUAAGGCAAAAGAAAAUCUAUAUUGUAGCCAAAUAUUCUAACAGAUUCAUGGAGUUUUAACCAGUCAUACCUGGACAUGGCAACACAGCAGAAAAUCUUCAACGUUCGGCGUAGUCCAACAGAGAUCAUGAAAUAUCGAGUUGUUGCAUCAACGUAUGGGGAACUACUUACAAUAUGUAAACGAAAGCUUGACAUUGGAUAUGACGCAAAGAAAAUUUGUCUGUACAGACUCGACGAUAAUACCGUAGUGGACGAAGAAUUGUUUCCUGACUUGGAAAACAACACCAUACUUAUUCUUUUUAGAGCAACACGUUUAGAGUAUCCUCCCAUUGUUUUCCGAGUACAAGAAUCAGACAAAACCUUCUUUCAAAUCGGAGAAAGGAAUAUCUUGGUUCGUGUUAAAGUUUCUGAAAAGUACACAAAUUAUAUGGAUGGAUUAAUUGAUUCUUUAAAAGAUGAUGAAGAGCUGUUUUCUAUUGAUUGGUCGAGGGAAGAAGACCAACAUAGGGAGUCUAUUUCUGGGAUAAAAACAACGGUUACAGAUAAAUUGAAACAGAAUAUCGAUGUUCUGGAGCGCACAGGUAUACAGGAGCUGGGCAAAAAUGACUAUGAAGUGGUACGACUGCUAAUAGAGAAGUUUUUCGUUCACUACAAGGCCAUGCUAUUCGCUGUAUUUACUGGUUGUUUGGACCUGAGGUUUGGUUUCAACUCUCCUGAUGAAAGAAAGGCCAUGAUGGACGAUAUCGUCGGGGUUCAGUCCCUUCUUUCGUCAGUGCUCCUAACACCAGAAAUAAAGGAAAAAUUUCCAACUGUAUAUCUGGAAGCAAAUAUCAAGCAUAGAGCGACGAGUGAAAUUCAUUCAAGGAGGAAAAGUACCACUUCUCCAGACGAGUCAAGGACUGAACGCCUUGAGCGCCGCUUAGAACUUCGUGAGCCUUCUUACUCGUAUCUGAGAGAUGAAAGUGAACUGGGUACGGAUUUGCAGAAUCUGCAAAGUGGAUAUCUAAAGGGAAAGUCAUUAGAGAACAUAUUCCGGCUAGUAAAAGCAUUCCCAGGUAUAGAACCUCCAAUCUAUAGAGAAGACGUGCUUUAUACAGUGUUGUGUGUUGACAAGUCUUCUACACAGGGCUCUGAAGAAUUCAACUCCGUGAAGAAUGCCGCUAUGCAGUUUUUCCGAGAUUUGGAUGAAAACAUCCACGAUAAAUUGGAUGAAAAUGUUGCAGUCUUGUCAUUUGGCAGUUCCAUCAACAGAAUUUCUGGAUUUUCUUUCGAAAUCCAAAAUCAGAUGAAAUACAUAGAUGAAAUGAGACAGGAUGUAGACUCGCCGUCACCAGAUAUUUUGAUAGAGACAGUGGUAGCAGCAGGCAUGAUUCUUAAACAAUAUGGUCAGAUAAGACAUUUCAGGGACCUUCCUUUUGAAAACCUUGAUCCACGCAUUGUUUUGAUAACAGGAAGUGAAGCAGUGCAAAGUUCGACUGCUAGUCGUUUUUUGCAAACGCUGAAGGAUAAAAGAGCCAGUUUUCCCGUGUAUUGUUUAGAUGUCCGGGGAAACGAGCAUUCAGGAUUUCUAUCUGACGUUGCAAAUAUCACUCAUGGCAAAUUAAUUCAAAAAGAAAAGAAAACUCUUCUCGGUGCAUUUCAUCGUCUAAAGGUGAAGCACAAUAGAUUGCCGAGCUACACUGAACACGUUGACGAGAUACAGGACAUUGAAUUCUUGUUUGGGGAGUCCAAGAAACCACUGUUAUAAACAGAAUUUGGUUUUCUCCUGUGUGCGUUUAUGUUUAUUUUAAAUAAUCAAACAGACAUUUAAUUAAGUAUAAUCAGCUAUUAAGUAUUAUGCAACAUUAAACUUCCUGAUGAGAAAUACCAUACAUGUAUAGUAGUUCGAUAUCGAGUAAGAUUCUAAUGGGAUGUGGGCAGGGAAAGUGAAUUAAAGUGAAUCAAGCCCACUUCUUACAUAUAACCAUUAAAAUGUUAUUUGAUAUCAUCUAACUUACCUAGAUGUCAACCCACUGUUUCAUCUAAUUAGCAUUGUCUAAGACAAAUGUUUCUUGUGGUUUUCUUUUCAUUGACAGCUGUCAAUCGAAACGUCACGUGAUUGUGAAUAUUUUAAGAGUUCAGUUAAUCAUUAACCAAUCACCGACCUGAUCUGCAGUCAAUCGUCUACAGAACAAACAACAGACACAGACAAAAUACGGUGGCUGUUAGAAUUUGUAUAUGAGAUGUUUACUCCUCUUAAGCACCUGAUCCCAUCUCUGGUGUUUCCAGGGGUCCGUGUUUGCCUAACUAUCUAUUUUGUAUUCCUGGGAGUUAUGAGAUUCACCAUUGUUCGUUAUCUACACCUUUUCAUACAUCAUGCUAUUGAUUUUGACUUUCCCGUCUCUUUUGACAUUUCCAUAAACAUAGUUUUAAACUCAAUAUACAUGUAU